GAAGUAAUUUAUAUCAAAAAUGAAUACAGGGGAGUCUAGGAAUUUAAGAAGAUCUAACAUCAGGAAGAUCAAAGAUCUUCAAAAAAGUAACCUCACAUCCAUCAAGAAGAGUUUCUGAGCCCAUACCUUCGAAAGAGAUCAUAAAGAUGAUAAGGAGAGAAUAGGGAUGACUGUUGACAACACCAUGAAGCCUCCAAUUGGCAUCAAAUCUCUCCAAAAGAUCCAAAAAUAUGAUCUAAAAUCUGGAGAAAACCAAAGGAAAAGAGAUAUCUGUUCUUUGCUAAAUGACAGGAAAAGGACUCCUCAGAAUCGUAUACCUCAGAUGUCAGUUCCAAAGAACUUUAGCAAGAUGCCUCAUAUUAGAGAUGCUUCAAGAAACAGGAUUAAAGAGUUAAAUAGCGAUUUUAUUUUUACUAAAUCAAGACAAAGGCCAAAUAAAAUUGCGGUCUCCUCUUUAGAAGGCCCAAUUAAUGCAAAACUGUUAUAAAAAGAAAUGGAACUAAAGAAGAAUACAGUUCGAAAGAAGUCAUCGAAUCAAUUGUAGCCAUCAAGAUUGCGAUCAUUAGGAAGGCAUACAGAGUGUUCAAACAGUACGCGAGAGACUAUAGUAUAAAGAGGUUUUGAAGAAUAAAGAACUGUAAGUUCAAAAAUAUCUACAAAAUUCUGACAAAAGGGAAAUUAAGGAUAUACGCUAAGCCAUUCCGCAAAAGAUUGAGCGUCAAUAAGUUCUCAAAACACAGAAUGAUUAGGCUGAAUGAUAAGUUGGCUAGAAGUCUUGAAGAGCAUCCAAGGGAAAGCUGGAAGAACAGAGAGACAUAUUUUGGACUUGAGGCUCCUUCAAAAGCAAAACUCUCUCUACAAAUAAUGAAAGGGAUAAAUUCACAAACCCCUCUGCGAGAAAAGGCAAAUUUUACCACAAUCCCACUUCAAAGUUUCAGCAUCCCUAAGUCAGGCCAAGAUGAAAGAAGAUAUGCUAAAAAGAAGGUGAUUAAGCUAAAGAAGAUCAUUAAAAAGCCUUCCAUUCCAACCCCCAUUCACCAAUCUUUCACAAAAUCCUUCAAAAUCUGCAUCUUUCCUCCAAAAAAUACCUCAUAAACUCCAGAACCAAAGUCAAAAAUUACAGCUAAACUCUUUCACAGCCCAAGGCUAAACUCUAUUUUAAUUGGAUCUUCAAUUUCA